AUGCGGGACGCGUGUGAGCAGGCCUGUGCUGUACUCGGGGCUGCUAAAGCGGCGCAUUUUGCUGCCACGAGAGGGACGUCAGUUGGUGACACGGAAGAGGAUAUGGCGGAGGCAUUUGCUUCGCUAUUCGAUCGCGUUCUCGGACGAAAUGAGGAAGACAAGAGGGAGGAGCAGGACCAGGUACCCGAAAAGGAGCCGCUGCCACAGAACAUGAAGGAGCCGGCAGGUAAGGCCUGUUUUUUAAUUGUUUCCAUGACGUCGACCCUCCGCCCUUGA